UUGCCGCGGUCAACCCCUCCUCCUCCUUAACAAGUGGGCUUGCGGGUCGAAUUGUGUCGUCUUUCAGCGAACAAAGGUGCUGCCCUCUGAACAAGUUGCAAUGUCUUCACGCCGCAACAGCCUCACGCCGCCGGAACGGCGAGACAUAGUCGACCCCGGGGCUCAUGAACUAGCGGAGGCAUCCGACUCCGAGGAGCACUACUCCGACGCCCGCUCCGGGCCGAUAACGCCCGCCAGAGCGUCACCUAUUCCAAAGACCAGAGUCGAAAGGGUCGAUGACAAGCCGGCGUAUGGGGAAGUCCCUGGUACGCAGGCUUAUCGCUUGAGAGAAGAGGAUGCCGCGCCGGACGAGAUCGCCAUCAUUCCCGAUGCCGACGCUGCACCCGAACCCGAACAAAUCCCACGAUCCCCCACGCCUGGCGGAUAUCCCGUUCCGAAAACGGUGGUAGAGGAGGCGCCUGAUGCGGAGGGCUCAGUGACGCAUCCGGGGAACAGGCAGAGGCGCAAGUCGGAUGCUCACCCGGACCUGGUGGUUAAGGCCGACGGGACGGUGGAACAGGGCGAAGCUGCAACUGAUCCUCCAUUACCAUCACCAUCGUCUCUAAACGCCCCUGCCACGUCAUCACGCACAAGGAGGAAGUCUUCGUCUGCUAUGAAACGCUCUCCCCUGAGCCCCGGCUUGCCAGCCGCUGAGAGCGCUGUAUGUACCGAGGACGCGGAUGACGAUGAUUCUGGGGACGAGUUUGACGACUUUGAAGAAGGGGGUGAGGACGGCGACUUUGACGAUUUUGAGGACGGCUUCCAAACGCCGGCCCAACAACAACAACAACAACAACCACAACAACAACCACAACAAGCACCGCAACCGCCGCCGCCCCCUUCCGCCCCAGCAGCACCAUCUCUCUCCUUCCCGAUCCCCACCUUCGACGACCUCAGCCCCUCCGAAAUCACCACCCUCACGGAACCAUACCUCGCCGCCCUCUUCCCUUCGCCCUUGCAACAGCCACCGCUCCCGGCCCCCUCGGCAGGAGAGAACCCCGUCUUCCUCACGCCGCGCUCCGCCUCCCUCUGGUCGCAGCUCGUGGCCCCGCCGCCGCUGCAGCCGCCCGACUGGAUCCGCUCGCGCAUCCGCCGCCUCUUCCUCGUCUCGCUCGGCGUGCCCGUCGACCUCGACGAGAUCCUGCCGGCCUCGUCCAAGCAGAAGAAGCUCGUGCUCCCGUCGCUGCACCGCACCACCUCGAGCGGGUCGCUGCGCAGGGCCUCGAGCGACUCCCGGGGGCCCGCCGCCAAGGGGGCCGGGUCGGCCUCGGCCUCGGCCUCGACCGGAGAGGGCGGCGGCAGAGACUCCCUGUCUGCGGGGGGCGACCCGACGUCCGCGUCGUCGUCCUCGCGGAGACGGAAGAAGGCGGACGGCUCGGGGCGGCAGCCCAGCCCGGAGCGGAGCUUCGAUCUCGUGUCCGCGCGGCAGAUGUGCAUGCUGACGGACGCUGCGCUGAGCGGCAUGACGGAUGCAGAACUGCGGGCGCAUAUCGCGCGGCUGGAGGCGAUGCAGGAGACGGCCCAGGGGGUUUUGGCGUACUGGCAGAAGCGGACAGACGAGAAGAUUGGGGAUCGGGAGGCGUUUGAAGGCGUCAUUGAGAAUCUGGUCAAACAUGCAAGGAAGGUGAGGAAGUAAAAAGGGGAAAAGAGGGGGGGGGGUUGCUUUUUAAAGGUGACACUACAAGUAAUAUUAGACGGAGGGAGGACGCAAGAUGGGCAAUUGGUGUAUGAGCCUGCACUUACUAUCAUGCUCAUGUUGGCGAGCAUUCUUCAUUCAGGUACCAACCACUUGGAGAGACAGUCCGGGAACGCUGUGUGACUGAAUACCACUCAAUGUCUAACAACCCAACUUUUCCGCUACUUUUCGUCUACCCAUCCAUUAUUGCGUGAGACGACG